GCUUGAGUUGUUUGAACUUAUGGUAAAAUUCUGCAGCUGCUUCGUACAAGGCGCCCCUUUGUUGCUUACAUAACUGACAGCAUGGGUAAUGAGCUCUUUAGGGUUCACAGGCCAUUUUGGUGGAUAACCAGUACCAUAUAUGUGGAGAUAGAUGGUAAGGAAAUUGGUGUGGUUCACAGGAGAUGGCAUCUGUGGAGGAGGGUUUAUGAUUUGUAUUUGGGGAAUAAGCAGUUUGCAGAGGUUGUGAAUCCUGGAUUUUGGAACUGGACAUUUACUUUAAAGGAUAUUGAUGGUAAUGUACAGGCUCAGAUCGAUCGUGACUGGAGGGGUUUUGGCUUUGAGCUCUUUACUGAUGCUGGUCAGUAUGUGAUUCGAUUUGGCAAUUCUGAUCCAAGCUUCCAGACUGGGCCUGUUGGAAUGAUUCAAGAAUUAGAAACCUCCCACCCACUUACUCUGUUAGAGAGAGCUGUUACCGUCGCUCUUGCUGUGUCACUUGACAAUGAUUAUUUCUCUAGGCAUGGUGGCUGGGGAAUCCCUUUCAUUGUUGUUGGUGAAUAGGAUUGCAGAUAGGCAUCUUUCACAAUGCGUCCAUCUCCUUCAUUUGCAGUGUUGGGAUAUGUAUACCAUUUUUUUCUGGAAACUUGUUUGUUCCUUGAUGGUGAAUGAAAUUGAUGGAGUCUCUCAAUUGGUUCUUUGCUCUGGUAAAAUGUAAAGAUUCUUUGUACCUUAAAUAUGAGGUCAUCUAUUGGUUAAAUAUAGUCUCUUGGCCGUUUCUUGAUCA